AUGUGGGGUGGAGGUGGAUUUGUAAACUAUUAUGAAUUAGUGAUACUAUUAAAAAAGCUCAGCUCGAAGUUCAGCUACACAAUAUCCCUCAUCAAGAUUUCGCCUGUAAUCAUCGAUAAAAGCAAAGACACGAUGCCUUCAACACUCGUUUUAGGGGCUUCGGCAGUUCUUCUUCUUGCAUAUGUUAUCCGAGCUAUACUCUUUCGACCCAGAAAUUUGGACUUUCCAAUCGUGGGUAAUUCCAAUGAUGCCGAUUUCAGAGCUGCAUUGCUUGAAGGAACUGCCAAAUAUCCUACGACCCCCUACAUCCUACCCAGCAGCCCCCCAACAGUUGUCCUCCCCUUGAAUAUGCAUGAUGAAUUACGCAAUCUCCCCGAAAAUAAGGCUUCUUUCCAAAAAGAACUAUCCCGAAUUUUCUAUGGCGAGCAGACUGGUCUUGGCAAAGACACUCUCCCGAUCAUCAAAGUCGUUAAGACAGAUUUGAAUCGUCACGUAGCAUCUACUAUUCAGCCUCUUCAAGAUGAAUCACGCUUUGCAUUAGAUAAAGAAUUCGGGAUGUGUGAAAAUUGGACUCAACUUAUUGUGUACGAAAAAAUUCUCAAGAUGAUUGCACUUCUUAGCGGAAGAGUUUUUGUAGGAAGACCGCUGAGUCGAACUGAAGAGUGGAUUAACAUUAGUUCUCAUUUUACGGAGGAUGUAGUGCUAGCAAGAGAGAGCGUGGCUAAAUAUCCAGCAUGGCUCAGAUCUUUCGCGCUUCCAUUCUUACCAGAGAUCAGGAAGGUAAAGCAUCAUAAAGUCGUAGGGGCAGAGUUAUUGAGACCAAUCAUCGAGGGAUGCAUUCAAAGGUUCAGGGAGGGAAAAGGCGGGGAUGAAGGUGAUGAAUUCGAUGAUGAUCAGGGCACGUUUGUGAGUUGGGUUAUGAAAUGGUCGGAUGAAAAGAAGAAGGAGGAUCCGUUUGCUUUGGCGCAACAUCAGCUCAUCUUGUCUUUUGCUGCUAUGCAUACAACCGCUAUGGCCGUUACACACGCAUUAUUCGAUUUGGCAGCUCAUCCACAAUUCAUCGGACCUCUUCGUGAGGAAAUCGAUCAGGUUCUGGCGGAUGAUGGAUGGGAAGACGACGGCAGCGGGAUCAAAAAUCUGAAGAAACAAUCAUUACCUAAAUUGAAGAAAUUGGAUAGCCUCUUGAAGGAAAGUCAGAGGCUCAGUCCUCUGGAUUUGGUCUUCAACAUCCGUUCAACAACCUCGCCAAUUCGUCUCUCCACCGGUGAGACCAUUCCUACUGGAACUCGUAUAACAUUUGAUGCCCACACAAUUAAUAUGUCCGGCCCGAAUAUAUCUUCUCUCCCUCAUGACCCUUCCAGUAUUCCAGCACUAGAUUCUCCCGAAAUUUUUUCGCCGUUCAGAUGGUCGACGCUGCGUGAAGCACCGGGGAAUGAAUCGAAAUAUCAGUAUGUGACGACGAGCAAGGAGAGCGUAAAUUUCGGACAUGGGAACCACGCAUGCCCCGGUCGAUUCUUCGCAGCCACAGAGAUUAAAGUCCUAAUGGUAGAAAUAUUGAAAGGUUGGGAUUUCAGAUUGGUCGGUGAUGAAGAGGGGAAGGGGGAGAGAGACCGGGGAAUCAUAUCUUUAAUGUGA